UAAAAACAAACAUGUGAAAUAGAAAAUACUUACUUUUCACACAUUUGAUCUGUUUUAUUAGAUUCAGCCCAAAAGAAUUACUACAAAAUGUCUUCCUGGAAGAAAGUCAGCAAAGCUAAAAGCAAGCAACAUCGCGAGAGAAGCCAGCUUGAAUCAAGAAAGUGGCUAGGGCCUUUAGAAAAGAAAAAAGAUUACAAGAAAAGAGCACAAGAACAACACAGAAAAGAUGCAACCAUUAAGUAUUUACGACGUAAAGCUGAAAAUCGUAAUCCUGAUGAAUAUUAUUUUAACAUGGUUAAAACAAGAAAAGUGGAUGGACAGCACCAGGCCAAAGAAAGUGAAGAACCAGAAUUUACAGACACCCAAGUUAAGAUUAUGGAAUCACAAGAUAUAAAUUAUGUUAAUUUGAUGAGAUCUAAAGAAUUGAAGAAAAUUGAGAAAUUAAAAUCAUCAUUACAUGUGAUAGAUAGCUCUCAAGAACCUCAGAAUAAACAUAUUAUAUUUGUUGAUAGUAAAAAAGAAGCAAAGAAUUUUGAUGCUGCCCAACAUUUUGAUACCCACCCAUCAUUAAUGAAGAGAGUUUAUAAUAGACCAACAUCUAAAAUGUUAGCCCAACAAGAUUUAGCAAAGAAUAUUGAUGAUAGAUCACUGAAUAAAAUGUCAGCCCAAAGAGAACAGCAAUAUAAAGAAUUGUCAAAAAGAAUUGGCAGAGAAAAGGAAUUAAGAAUUAUCUCUGAGAAGAUGGAAAUUAGUCGACAUUUAUUAGAUAAAAGUAGUAAAAGAAAGAAGAUAUCAGACGGAACUAAAGAUCAAGCACCACAGUAUCGCUGGUGUUUCCAUAGAAAAAGAUAAUAAAGGUGUAUUUAGAUAUGUAAAUAAACAAAUAACACUGU